GGGCCUGAAGCAGGCAGAUCACUCCUCUGCGAGCACAGAAAAGCCUUCAAGACUACACUGCUCAGACAAACAAACAAGAGAAAUGUCUUCUGCUGAGAGCCUCUUCAUGGAUGACCCAUUCUUUGCAAACUCCUACUUUUUGUGGCCCAGGCGCAGUGUGGCUCUUUCCAGCUUCAGAGAGGAUUUCCUCCACCGCAGAGCCCAAAUAAUGCACAACCUGAGGAAUGAGAUCAGAGACAGCUUGCUGAGUGAACUCACAGAUGAGUUCUUUCAGCUUCUAGAUGGUCAGAGGUCCUUCUCCAGGCUCUUCAGCACCGACACAGAGCAGAACAAACGGCGAGACGUGUCUCUUACUCUGGACACUCAAGGCUUCUCUCCAGAGGAUGUCACUGUGACAGUAUCUGGAGGGCGACUAGAGGUGAUGGCUGGCAAGCAGGCCCAGACAGACGCUGCUUCAUCAUCCACCGGCACCACUCAAGCCGCAGAAGCCCAGCCACAAGGAUUUUUUCAAACUGUGCAGCUUCCUGACCACCUGGAUCCAGCCUCCUUGACCUGCUCACUUGGGGAAGAUGGACUUCUGCAUAUCGAGUCACCAGAAUCCAAAGACGAGUCCUCAGAGGAGCAAACCAUUCCCAUCCGCUUCAGGACAUCCCUGGAUUUCCCCAUCAACAAGGACAGCACAAACAAAACGGAGGAUAGGGCUGAGAAAUCAAACUAAAAAACUGACCGAUGGCCUAUUAUGCAUUGUACAACUGUCUUUUAUGAAUCCAGUGGAUGUGCUUCCUGUGACUGUAAAUUAUUUGUUCUAAAAAGGUUUUAAUAAAGAUAUCAAUUGGUAUAUGA